CCUAAUCCGGGCGCCGUGGUGGAGGCGGUGGCCUGGGCUCUGGCGUUCCCCGGUUCAUUUUUUCAAAAAUUGGAAAUUUCUCUCAUUGGGACCCUACAUUCGCAUUCUAUAUCAUCUGUAUUUUGGCAAAGGUUAAACCUGCUUCCCCUGGAGUGAAGCCUCUGAUACUGAAAGAAGUGCAGAAAGCCUUUGACACGGUCCCUCACCAAAGGCUCUUGUGCAAACUGAGGAAUCAGAGGAUAAGAGGGAAGGUCCUCUCCUGGAUUAGUAAUUGAUUAAUUUGAAGAUUAGACACAAAAGGUUUUUAGCCCGUUCUUUGGUUAAGAUGGCAGCCAAUAAUGCAGUAUUGAACAGACUGGAGCAAAAGGGUGCAGAGGCAGAACAAGUCAUUGAAUACCUCAAACAGCAAGUUGCUCUUCUAAAGGAGAAAGCUAUCCUGCAGGCAUCUCUCAGAGAAGAGAAGAAGCUCCGUGUUGAAAAUGCUAAACUGAAGAAAGAAAUUGAGGGACUGAAACAGGAGCUGAUUCAGGCAGAAAUUCGGAAUGGAGUGAAACAUAUCCCAAUUCCAUCCAGUGGGACCAUUUCAGCAGCUUCAUUUUCGAAAGACUUACCACAGCCUACGCCUGUCACAUCCUCUCCUUCUGGACCCAAAGACCACAUUAAAGGUGGAAGUGAAGAAAAGAAAAAAAAGGAGAGAGCAGAAAAAAAAGGAGAGAAGAGGGAGAAGAAGCAGCCUCCGCCAGGAGCUGGGAGUGAUGACUCCAGACCUAUGGAUGUUUCUCGUCUGGACCUUCGUGUCGGUUGUAUCAUUACUGCAAAAAAUCACCCUGAUGCGGAUUCUCUAUAUGUCGAGGAGGUGGAUGUUGGAGAAGCAAACCCAAGAACUGUUGUCAGUGGCUUAGUAAAGCAUGUGCCUCUAGAACAGAUGCAGAACCGAAUGGUGGUAUUACUCUGUAACCUGAAGCCUGCAAAGAUGAGGGGAGUGGUAUCUCAAGCAAUGGUGAUGUGUGCCAGCUCACCAGAGAAGGUGGAGAUCCUUGCUCCCCCCAGUGGGGCUGUUCCUGGAGAAAGAAUCACUUUUGAAGGUUUUCCUGGAGAACCUGAGAAGGAACUUAAUCCCAAGAAGAAGAUGUGGGAGCAGAUUCAACCUGACCUUCAUACUAAUGACCAAUGCAUUGCUACAUACAAAGGAGUUCCAUUUGAAGUGAAGGGGAAGGGGGUCUGCAGGGCUCAGACCAUGGCCAGCAGUGGAAUCAAAUAAAUAAAACUAAUUACUGAGAAACUGUUCAGAGGCUUAAAUGGAAAGCAGUGCAAGCACAAUAAAGACAUGAAUAUAAACCCCCCAA